UCGAAACGGAAUCGAAGAAGAGUUUAUCGAGGCGGCAGCGGUCGUUUAAAAAUAUCACUCAUACGCACGGGAGAGCCGAGAUAAAGAGAGAGCGUUAGUGAAAGUGCAAUGAUAUUCACUCCCUAAAUAAAUAAACAUCAAGUUUUGUUUAUAAUCAAAUAAAAUACAUAUAAGUUAAGCAGAGUGUUUAAAAUUCUACCUAUAAAUAUGUAUAAUCAAGUGCCAGCCAGCAACGCAUUAAUUUAUAAAUAAAUAUAUUAAAUAUAUUAGCUGCUGGUCAGUGUGAGUGAGCGUCGAUAAAAAGCUCCCCCAAAAGAAAUUUUUGGGAAAAGGCGAAACGUGAAAACAAAUUGGUGAAUUAUCUCUAUACAACACACGCGCAAAAAUAAAUAAAGGAAAAACCGACGAAAGCCAAAGAACUCUCAUCGAAUCGUGGCGAAUCGUAGAUCAUCCGUGUGACAUAUCCAAUAUAAUUAACCCCAUCGAACCGUAGUGAGAAUACCUCCCUUGGCAUUGAUUGUUGACAUUCUCAUGAGACAGAUAUGCAAAUGGGAAUAUGCGAAUCUUUUGAGGAAAACUCGCACAGGCACACACGAGUUGUAAAUUAAAUUCCCAAGCUUAAAGUGUCGACGACGCCGGCCAAAAGCCAGGACAAAGGACACAGUCGGAGAACAGGUGCUUGUGACCUCCUGACCCGUGACCAAAGAGGGGAGAGGAGAGGCCAGGACCGACAGUAAGCACCGCAGAAUUGAUGUCCGUGCGAAAGUUUGCCGGCAGCUGCUCAAAUGUUACGCCAAGGACUCGACCAUUGCGAAUAAGGAUCCUGCGAGUGGGCGUGAGAGCAGGAACAGAGCCAGGAUUGCCUCACUAGAUCCCAGCACUCAGCAAGGAUGAGUGCAGCGGCACGGCUGCUGCUCCGCCUGGAGCUACCCUCGCCGGGUGUGAUGCCACCGCCGCCCACGGACUAUGACUGGGGGCCCAUCAGCGAAAGUGACUUCCUGGCCAGCGCCACGGCCACCGAGGUGGCCACUGUGCGUUACGAACUCCUGCCCCAGCAGAAUCACUCGGUAUCCGGCGAACACUUUUACAACUACACACAUCCCGAUCUGCCGUAUCCCCACUACGAUGACAUGGGCCUGGACAUGGAUCCGAAUUGGACGCGAAUCUGCGAUGAUCGGUACAAUCCCAUGUUGGAGGACAACAAGAUAGAGUUUUGGGUGUGCGGCGUUAUCCUAAAUAUAGUUAGUGUUCUCGGCAUCCUGGGGAAUAUCAUAUCCAUGAUAAUCCUCUCGAGACCCCAGAUGAGAUCGAGUAUUAACUAUCUGCUGAUUGGCCUCGCCCGCUGCGAUACCCUGCUCAUUUUGACAUCGAUGCUGGUGUUUGGUAUACCCGCCAUAUAUCCCUAUACAGGGUACACUUUCUUCUACUACAACAACAUAUAUCCGUUUAUAGCGCCAGCGGUAUUUCCCAUUGGACUGAUUGCCCAGACAGCCAGCAUAUAUAUGACCUUUACUGUGACUCUGGAGCGCUAUGUGGCCGUGUGUCAUCCCUUAAAGGCGAGGGCUCUUUGUACCUAUGGCCGUGCCAAGAUAUACUUCAUUGUGUGCGUGUGCUUUGCCGUGGCCUAUAAUAUGAUACGAUUUUGGGAGGUGGUUACCAUAAGCUAUACAGAUCCGGCCACAAAUGUGGUAUUCCACUGUGUGAUACCCUCGAAAAUGAGGAGAUCAGAGGCGUACAUCAAUAUAUACAUUCACUGGUGCUACCUCAUUGUGAGCUAUAUAAUACCCUUCCUCACCCUGGCCAUCCUAAACUGUUUGAUAUACAGGCAGGUGAAGAGGGCGAAUAGGGAGCGCCAGAGACUGUCGAGAUCGGAGAGAAGGGAAAUCGGUCUAGCCACCAUGCUGCUGUGCGUGGUGAUAGUCUUCUUCAUGCUGAACUUUCUGCCUUUGGUUUUGAAUACCCUGGAGGCAUUCUACAGCACGAUAGAUCAUAACAUCACCAAGAUCUCGAACCUGAUGAUCACCAUCAAUAGCAGCGUCAACUUCUUGAUCUACAUCAUCUUCGGGGAAAAGUUCAAGCGCAUUUUUUUACUCAUUUUUUUCAAGCGCCGCCUGAGUCGUGACCAACCGGAUCUUAUCCACUACGAGAGCUCCAUAUCGAACAACGGCGAUGGGACGCUGAAUCACCGCUCUUCCGGCCGCUUCUCGAGGCACGGCACACAGCGGAGCACCACAACCACGUACCUGGUGGCCACCGGCGGAGGUGGCGGCGGACAAGGCGGCGGCCCCGGCAAUUGCGGUGGUGGCAGUAAUUCCCUUAAUAAUGUCCGUCUUACCCAGGUCUCUGGUUCGCCGGGUCUUGUGAAGAUCAAAAGGAAUAGAGCUCCAUCGCCGGGGCCGGUGGUGUAUUUUCCCGCCCGCGAAAUGCAGAGAUCAGUCUCCACGAAUGCAAAUUCGGCCACCAAUAAUAACACCUCCAUCGGUUAUGAUUGGACAUUACCGGACAGCAAGAAGCUGGGUCAUGUCUCCUCGGGAUUCUGAGGGCAGGGGUUGGCUAGGGGACAAGCGGAGGCGAUGCGGCACUGGGAGGGGUUAGUCUAGUCUAGUCAUGUAAAUAUAUAAAACAAUAAAAAGAGUUCCCGCAAAUGGACUGUGGUAUACAGGGGAGGUGGAAAUAAUAGUUGGGAAUUGAAAAUAAAAAGAGUCUUUUUCCUACUACUAUUUUGACCACCUUUGUAGCCAUAUUAACCUGUACAGAAGGCAUCAACUAAACGCUCCAAGCGUUGCGUUACUUUGUGAUAAGCGUUAAGUGUUUCCUUCCCUUACAAAAACUUCUCUACUACUCCUUGAAAAAUAAAACUUUACUCGUUGAUAUAGCUGUUAAGAAAAGAAAGUCAACUUCUUUAACGAUUAAAUCAGGCUGAAGAUAACUAGUUUCUUGAACCCAUAGAUUGCCUCUUCAAAAAAAAAAGAGUUUCAAUUGAAUUUGUAUCCAUUUCGCAGUAAAUUAGUCAGCGAAACUUUUAUUCUGCAACCAAUAUCGUUUCACUUUCCACUGGCCUUUGGGCCAAAAGUUUUAUUUAUUAGCGUGAACUUUGCUGGCCUUUAAUUAAAUAUCCUUUACAAAGCAUUUCUUCGCUGGCACCCGAACUUGAUGAAUGAUUUUCCUCUUCUUUUGCUGAUUUCCCAGCAACUUUUCAAUAUCUCUCUCUUUCUCCUCCCGGAAACUGGGGCUUUUUUGGGUUCGCAAAAGAAAUGAAAAGAAAAAGAAUAAGAAGGCCGAACAAUCUGUCAACUUGUCAGAAAGUUUUUAAAAUGCCGCUCAAAGUUCAGUCAGCUCAAAAGUUUGCCAGCAUUAUUUAGUCGCCCUCAACUCAAGUAGCUCAAUUUAACAGCCACUGCAGCCAAUAAAAUACAUAAUAAUGAUAAUACCAACAAAGGAAAAAGACAUUUUCAGGUGUUCCUCUUCCCCGAAAGUAAAAAAUAAUCCUCCGCUAUUCUGUAAAUACAUUUAAGUGUUUUUUGUAAAUAUUUCUGAACUAGCCUGUAUGCAAAGCAUAAACGAAUCCCAAAGAUAAUGUAGAGUUCAAUUGAGAUUACUGAAAGUCCAGGCAAUGGGGAUUGUAAAUCAAUGUUUAAA